GACAGAGCAGGCUCCUCAGCUUCCAGGAUGCUGGUCCCUGCCUCCAGGCCCCGCCCUCCUCCAUGCCUGCUGCUGACUCUGCUGCUGGGCUUCACAGGAGGGGCAGGUGAGGAGCUGCAGGUGAUUCAGCCUGAGAAGUCAGUGGCAGUGGCAGCUGGAGAGACGGCCACUCUCAGCUGCACCGUGACCUCCAUUUACCCCGUGGGGCCCAUCAUGUGGUUCAGGGGGACAGGGCCAGGCCGGGAGUUAAUCUACAGUCAAAAAGGAGGCCACACUCCCCGAGUAACAAGUGUUGCAGAUGAUACAAGGAGAAACAACACGGACUUUUCCAUCCGCAUCAGUAACAUCACCCCAGCAGACACGGGUACCUACUACUGUGUGAAGUUCCGCAGAGGAAGCCCUGACACGGAGUUCAGGUCUGGGACAGGCACUCGGCUCACUGUGAGUGCCCAACCCUCUCCCCCCGUGGUGUCAGCCCCCACGGGGAGGGCCACACCUGGGCAGACAGUGAGCUUCGCCUGCGAGUCCCACGGCUUCUCCCCAAGGAACGUCAUCCUGAAAUGGUUCAAAGAUGGGAAUGAGCUCUCAGCCUCCCAGACCACCGUGGACCCAGAGGGAGACAGCCCUUCCUACAGCAUCUCCAGCACAGCCUCGGUGCGGCUGUCCAAAGGGGAUGUCCGCUCCCAGGUCAUCUGCCAGGUGGAACAUGUCACCCUGAAGGGGGGCCCUCCUCUUCGUGGGACUGCCAACCUGUCUGAGAUGAUCCGAGUUCCACCCACCUUGGAGGUUAGACACACCAUGUCAGAGAACCAGGAGAAUGUGGUCACCUGCCAGGUGAAGAACUUUUACCCCCAGCACCUACAGCUGACCUGGUUGGAGAAUGGAGAAAUGUCCCGAACAGAAGUGCCCUCAACACACACAGAGAACAAGGAUGGGACCUUCAACUGGAGGAGCUGGAUCCUGGUGAACUCAUCUGCCUACGAGAAGGCUGUGGUUCUCACCUGUCUGGUGCAGCACGAUGGGCAGCCGGCCAUCAGCAGGAACUUCACCCUGGAGGCCUCCACUCAUCGGAAAGGCCAGAGCACAGAUGGACACUCUGGUGAGAACUCUACCCAAACUGACCCAGGUGUACAGACAUCUGCCAUUAUUUUUGUGGUGUUCCUCCUGGGCCUCAAGGUGCUGCUGGUGAUGAGUUUCACAGUCACCUACAUCCACAGGUGGUGGACCCUGUAA